AUGUGGGAACUCCGGUCCAUAGCCUUCUCCAGGGCGGUGUUUGCAGAGUUCCUGGCCACACUCCUCUUCGUCUUCUUUGGCCUCGGUUCGGCCCUCAACUGGCCAAAGGCUCUGCCCUCUGUGCUGCAGAUCGCCAUGGCCUUCGGCCUGGGUAUCGGCACCCUGGUGCAGACUCUGGGCCACGUCAGCGGGGCUCACAUCAACCCGGCCGUGACUGUGGCCUGCCUAGUGGGCUGCCAUGUCUCCUUUCUCCGAGCCGCCUUCUACGUGGCUGCCCAGCUGCUGGGUGCUGUGGCAGGGGCUGCUCUGCUCCAUGAGAUCACACCACCAGACAUCCGAGGGGACCUGGCUGUUAAUGCACUCAGCAACAACACGACAGCUGGCCAGGCCGUUACCGUGGAGCUUUUCCUGACCCUGCAGCUGGUGCUCUGCAUCUUCGCUUCCACAGACGAGCGUCGCGGAGACAACCUGGGCACCCCUGCCCUCUCCAUUGGUUUCUCUGUCACCCUGGGCCACCUCCUUGGGAUCUACUACACUGGCUGCUCCAUGAAUCCCGCCCGCUCCCUGGCUCCCGCUGUUGUCACCGGCAAGUUUGAUGACCACUGGGUCUUCUGGAUCGGACCCCUGGUGGGCGCCAUCCUGGGCUCGCUGAUCUACAACUACGUCCUGUUCCCGCCGGCCAAGAGCCUGGCCGAGCGCCUGGCCGUGCUCAAGGGGCUGGAGCCCGACGCCGACUGGGAGGAGCGCGAGGUGCGGCGGCGGCAGUCGGUGGAGCUGCACUCGCCGCAGAGCCUUCCGCGGGGCAGCAAGGCCUGA